AUGUCAUUUGUCGUUCUCUCAGUAUCCGGGCCUAAUGGCGCUAACGGUCAUAAUGGGCGCGAUGCAGCAAUACCUAGCGGAUCAUAUAAGAAUGGGAAUGAUGGAGAAGAUGCGACUAAACCAACCAGGGGAAAGGAUGCCGGCGUACCUUUGAAUAGGGAUAAUACUACUGGUGCCUCGAUUGAAUUUUCAGGCCAGUAUCGUAAAUCAGAGCAAUUUGUCGAUGAAAAUUUCCAAGAAACUUAUUCAUGUGAAACGGUUGAUUUGUUUGUUCUGGAUGCUCAUGGAGGUAGCGGGGGACACGGUGGUUACGGUGGAGACGGGGGGUAUGGUGCCACUGGUCAUUCCGGAAUGGACGCCACUCGAUACUCUAAUGGAACCAAUGGAGGAAGAGGAGGUGAUGGUGGUGAUGCAGGCGCAGGAACCAGCGGUGCAAAUGGCGGAAAAGGUGGUGCAAUCACCUUGCACAUGCGUGAUACUGACUCGGGAUUGCUAUUGAUGUUUGUGAAGGUAUGGACUCCAACAAUUUCCUACAGUCUGAACAUCAGUGGAGGACAAGGAGGCAGAGCUGGACAACAUGGAACACCAGGUAGAGGAGGAUAUGGUGGUAGAGGUGGUUCAGGUUAUUCAUGGACAGAAACACAUUCCUACACCGACUCCCGGGGAUAUACACAAUACACUACCACAUCUCAUUAUAAUCCAGGUGGCUUUUCAGGUCCUAGUGGUAGUUCUGGACGACGACCAACACAUCCUCUAUAUAACGGUAUUUCAGGAAUUGACGGAAAUUUCCGGUUCCUGAUUGAAGACAGCGUUACGAAUUACAUUACAGAAUAUCACGAAAUUUUUGAUAUACGUAUACAUCAGGUCAUUAUUCACUCCAUAACGGGGGUUUUUGAACCCGAAGCUCAAAUUCACUUAGACACUUUGACGAUCCUCAAUUUGUCGGAGAUGCCUACACCAAGACGAGAUAUCUGUAUUACAAUCAAUGAUAGCAUAUGGAUUCGCAAUCAGGAGGAGAAGGAGCAUAUCAUAUUGCCACAACUUAUCAAUCCAUACACCACCAAAAAAGUUGACUGUGAUCAACCAUUCACGUUUUCUCUCAAGAAACAUAGAGUGAAAAAUCCAGGUCCACCUCUUCGAGAUACUGAUACGUUGCACUUGACUGCAACAAUGACAGGGCUUAAAAGGUGGCUUCCAGCUUUCGAUAUCAACGGCCUUAAUAUCAACAUUAAAUAUCCUAUCGAGCUUACCCAUAUUUCACACAUGAACUCUAUGGUUGUUGGUCAUGUGGCUAAAGUAAUCUGGGGUGUGGAAAACACAACUGAGGUGGAUUUUGGUAGCCUCUCCAAAAAUGGGCGUUGCAUUCGUGUCAGAUUAGGAAAAACGAGUGGAGAGGUCUCAUCAUCUGCAUUACGGUUUGGCCUACAACCCGAACAGGAAGGAGUCGCUACUAUCCCUCCAGAGCAGACUUUGGAAAAGGAAUAUAUUUUUGAGAUUCCUUUGUUAAAGGCUGGUCAAACGCUACAGCUGGAGGCCACUUUAACGUUGGGUGAAGCAGAGAUUUUUGAAUGUGCAGAAUUUUGGAUUUAUCUAGAACUUGGAAAGAUUAACAAUCCUUCCAUACCAAAUGUCGUUCACAUUGAAUCCUUCAAUGUCAGAGUAUCGACGAUCUACCGCGGUUUUCCUGCUGGUUUCUACCCAGAUGUACUACUGGUCGCGAAUCAUAGAACAACACGCAAUGAGUUUUUGGCAUGGGACAACUUGCUCAAGCAGCAGUUCGGCCUCCGGUUCUUUAUAUGGGAUAUAUCACAAAUGGGCCAUUUUCACUUAACAAGGCCAAUACCAAUACUAUAUUCGACUGAACCUACCACGUUAAUGAAGGAUCUUGCUGGCAAGACAAUGAUUAUACUGGAUAAUCAGUUUGAUUAUGGAGAUUAUGCUAUAAAAGUUACAGCACGAAAUUUUGUGCUGAAACAUGAGUGGUUACAGGCAAUACAUAAAAAUGACAACAAAUUUUAUGUGGUUAAUCCCAAAGCUAACAAAAAUGAUUGUGUAAUCGCAUUGAAUGAAUUGAUAAGUACACCUUUUGAUGCAUUAAGACAGAAAAGGUUUACAUUUGAACGUGUUCGCAAUUUUACGCAACAACAUCUGGUGGUAAAAAAAACAGAUGAUUCUUCAGAACUCCCUGAUGAUGCAUCUGUUGAUGGUGAGCAAUUUACCACUGAUCCUGCGAUAUUGAUUGAUGAAGUUAUUGAAGUGCAGAUUAAAGCCAAGAUUUUCCGCAACAUAAAGAAACGAAUGUUCAAUAAGGCAAUUAAAGUCGAUAAAAAAUUGAAAAAGUUUCGUCCUCAUAUCCAGCAUCUUGUACACUACCAAUGGCAUGAGAUGGAAAAACGAUCCCUAAUUCAAACCUUUAAAAAUCGUGAUAAAAUAAACAAAAUGGAUGGUGGUUGUAUAACGAUUUUACCAUACCUAACGACUACAAAACGAAGGAUAAUCUUUGCAGCAUAUGCUUGGAAUGCAAGUCCUGCGGAAUUUAUUUUAUUGUCGAUGAACAUAAGAGGCGUUAUUGCAGGUUUGGGAAUCGAUGAUCACUUUCGUCUUUUGGAAAGGAUUUUUGUUACCGGACCCAUCAGUGAAGAUAACGAAACUGAUAACGUUGGUUUGUUCCUCACUGGUGGUCACCGAAUACUUGAUGAGAAUGAGCGACAGUUGGCGGAAAUACUCAAGCGGCAGAUCAUUUAUGAUGUUGCCGUUGAGUUAUCAAUUAUAUGUGAUGGGAAUAAUGACAAUUCUUCUCUUGAAGACGCGCAGGUUUUGGAGAUGUUGGAAAAUUUACGACGCUUGGUCUGGAAAGUAGAAUCAUUAAGCGGAAUAUCUAAUCUCCGAUUGAAAGCAACAAAAGAAGAAAAACCAUUACCAGCAAUUCCUGAAGAAAAUGAGGAUGUUUCAUCGCAGCAUUCAAUAGAAUCGAGUCGAGUGCAAUUCAAUGAUUUUGGUGAUGCUGUAGGAGAAACUCCUCAAAUUUACGAUGAUCUGACCACACGUAACGUACCAGAUACAACUGCUGCUGGUGAUCUUGGUGAAGUGGCGGAAACUGUUUUUUACAUAUUUCCCGUCAAACACGACACACUCCUCGGCGAGUGGAUGAUGGAUGCACUAGCUCAUCUUUAUGCCUUCAUUAAAUGUCUUAGAGCAGGAAUCAAUCAAUCUAUUUUACCUAACCGAAGAACUGCAAAGGUGCAACAACAAUCUAUGGACCUUCUCCAUCGUAUAGGAGACGCCACGAUUAUUGAUUUUGUUGAUCCAAGAUCUUCAGCAAAGUUAGAAUCUAUACGUCAAGAGCAGUUAAACCAGACAUCGAAGGAGUUGCCUAACUCAUCAGAACUUCUAAUCAUCGGUGAUGAGAAAUCAAAAAGAUCCAUAUCUAUGGUAUUGAGGUUAUCUUCAGAACCUUCCAUUAUUGGGAAUGAGAAAUUAGAAAGAUCCAAGUCUAUGGAAUUUAGAUCUUAUACCCUUUCAGCUCAAGACGAAUCUCAAGAUCACAUUUUUGAUGAUUCAACAUCCUCGACUUCACCGAUUUCUAUUUCAAAUCAAUUCAAUGGAACUUCUGUUAUUCCGUCGCCACUGUCUGUUGCUUCUGGUCUUUCAUUUGCAUCAGCUAUGACGAGCGCAACAAGGAUUUCUUCAACUAGUUUUUCUUCUAGUGGCACUUCAGCUUCUCGUUCUCGCAUCUUGAGUGAAGUUGCAACUUCAAAACAUGAUUCAGAAGCAUUACAAUCAGUGGAAGAAGGGUUCGUAGACGUUCUUGUUAUGAUUUUUGACAGAAAAGGUUUUACUAAUUUACCCUAUCCUUAUAUUUUUCAAGAUGCAAAUUACAAUUUUGGAGGCGUUUUUGAUCCAUCAAGAAAAGACUUACGUCGGAAUGCUAUGGAAACUAUUUUUGGGCCUUUCGAAUCAUUGGUCGACAAUACAUUGUAUGGACGCAACUUUGAGAAGAAAAGAGACGGCCAGGUUGGAGGUGUGAAGAAUAUAGUUGUCACAGACUCAAUUUAUUCACAACAAAGAGCAAAUGAAACUAUUAGGAAUAGAAAUAUGGAAAACAUGAUUUCCAAGUUCCUUGAUUUCCAAAAUAGAAUGAUAAAGGAUACUAUAUGA